CAAAUAUAUUGAACUCCCCCGGCUACAGUCAUUCAACAUGUCCGAAAAAGAACCAUCGUUUGGCCUACCAAAAAAUUGGAAUGAAAUUCCAGCUGAGGAAAGAAAACUGUUACAAAAACCAUUGAUAUUUCCGAAUCACGAAAAACGUUUUAAAAUAUUUACAGCUGUGGCCACAUUUGCUGUCACAUUCUACAUGGUUUUUUACCACGAGUACAAAGCUAAAGAUCAUUGUUUUCAACCUAUUAGAAGAUGGGUUACCCAACAAAAGAAAAGUUUUUUUACAUUGAGGCCAGAAGAUAUGGCAUAUGCUGAAGAAUAUAAACAAAAAUUAAAAGCAAAUGACUGUUGAGCUUUAUUGAAAAUGAAAAUUCAACUUCCUCAUCAAAAUAGCAUGAGGUAAUUUGACAAAAACAAAAAAAGUGUACAAUUAUCUAACAUCCAAGGCAAUUUACAAUUGGCAAGAGAAAAAUGUUUUAUAAGUUGAUGAGAAAGAAAAUUUUGGUAUAAGAUAUUGUGUGUAUUAUUUAUGGUGUGAUACAAACUUUGAAAGUGUACAGUUCAUACUUUAUCAUUAUAAUGAUAGUUCAGAAAUAUUAAAUAAAUCAAUAAACAAAAA